AACCCAAUUUAGGUCGUUGUUUUUCUCGUCUCUCUCGCUCGCUCGCUCUCUCCCUCUCUCUCUCUCUCUUCUUGUACUUAACAAGGGACAAUGCCACGCUAUGAUGAUCGCCAUGGAACGACCCGUCUCUAUGUUGGCCACCUGUCUUCACGAACAAGGUCCCGUGACUUGGAGGAUGUUUUCAGCAGAUAUGGAAGGUUUCCGGGCUUCACCUGGAGGUUUGUGGUGAGAGGUUGCCCAUGAUGGAAUUGGUCGCAAUUCUUGCAGAGUGUAUAGGGAACUUUGGAGAUUCUUUCUAUAUUAUUAUUGCAUAUUUUUUUCAUGGAAAUGGCAACAAUUUCAAAGUGGAGUUUAGUUCAUCUUUGUGGGGCAAGGUGCCAACCUUUAGUACUUACAUCAUGACGGUCUUGUUGUUUCUGGCACCAUUCGCAGAGUCCGUGAUGUGGAUAUGAAGCGUGACUUCGCCUUUGUGGAAUUUAGCGAUUCUCGGGAUGCUGAUGAUGCAAGAUAUAGCUUAAAUGGUCGAGAUGUUGAUGGGAGUCGUAUUGUAGUCGAAUUUGCUAAGGGGGCACCACGUGGCCCGGGGGGAUCUCGGGAAUUUCUUGGGAAAGGGCCUGCUCCUGGAUCCGGACGAUGCUUUAAUUGUGGUAUUGAUGGUCAUUGGGCUCGUGAUUGCAAGGCUGGGGACUGGAAGAACAAAUGUUAUCGCUGUGGGGACCGUGGUCAUAUUGAAAAGAAUUGUCAGAACAGUCCCAAAAAACUCAAACGUGCACGAAGUUACUCUCGGACACCAUCUCCUGGCCAUGGCAGAAGUCGAAGCCCUAGUUACAGCAGGGAUCGCAGCUACAGCCGUUCAAGAUCACCCCUGAAGGAGCGUAGUGUUGAACGUGCCGAGAGAAGAUCAAGGAGUCCUAGGCGACGCAGAUCUUCACCACCACCAACUAAAGGGAGGAAGUAUAGUCUAUCUCCUGAUGAGCAGAGCCCACGAGGUAGAGCCACUCCUUCCCCUGGGAAUAGCAAGCAGGGAAAUGGGUCAGAUUAUCAUAGGCGGAGCAAAGCAAGGAGCAGGAGUCCUUUGGAGGAUGCAGAGAGACAAAUCCCCAGGCAUAGGAGUCCUUCGGAAGAAAAUGGCCACGGGCCUAGUCCUAGCCCCAGGGAGGAUCGGAGUCCAGUUGAUGAGAACCAUGGUUCUCCAAGGAACAGUAAUAAUUCAGGUUAAAUUCUGGUGGUGUUUGAUGCAUUUUGGAGGUUUUAGCAAAACUCUUUUGUUCAAAUUCUAGCACUGUAACAAAGCUCAUCGGUCUGUUUGAUGAGAUUUUUCAGAUAUUUUUGCAAUUAAGAAAUUGUGUGGACUGAUGCUUUACAAUCUAAAAUCUAUUUUCUACCCCA